AUGGCCCAGGGCGGGCUGUCGAACGGCUGGAAUGCCACGCACAUGCCGCACGACUCGGCGCUCAGCGUCGGGUCGUCGAAGGCGGACGAGGACGCGGCGAGGAUCAGGGACUUGGAGGACGAAGUGAGGCAUUUGGCGGAGAAGGCGAAUACUGCUUCGCAACGCUUCGCGGAUUACGAGAACGAUAUACGUGUCCUCGAGGCGAAGUUGAGGCAAGAGCAGAGGAAGCAUUCGACGCCUACGAUUGGCACAGAGUCGCCUGACGCUUCACCGUCUUCUGAGAGGCCGGCGGAGAAGCCUGGUCUUUCGCGCUUUGGCAGCUUCAUGGGGAAGAAGUCUCCCGCUGUCAGUCAGCAGAAUGGCCCGGCGGCGACGAGCAGCAGGGAGAAGGAGCUGGAGGAGAAGCUGGUCAAGGAGCAGACUACUCGCAUAGCGGCGGAGAAGAAGGUCAAGGAGGUUAAUGCAGAGAUUGAAGACCUGAGCGCGACGUUGUUCCAGCAGGCGAACGAGAUGGUGGCUACAGAGCGCAAGGAGAAUGCUGCGCUGAAGGAGCGCAUACAGGCGCUGGAGGCGCAGAGGCAGCAGAGAGAGCAGGAGUUGCAGGCCCAACAGCAACGUAUGCAAGAGCAAGAGCAGAAGACGCAGAAGCAGGGAGAACAGAAGAACAUGGAAGAGCAGGCGGUCAAGGAUCACGACGCGGAGGUCUUGCAUAGGGAGAACGCGAAGCUCAAGGAGAAGAUCAAGCAUUUGGAGCAGCGUGAAGCCGAUCGCAAACGGCGGAUCGAGAGGUUGGAAGCGGCGAACAGGCGGAUAGAGAGGGUUAGGGCGAUGCUGCAGCCGCCUUGA